AUGGUGUCUUCUUGUGAUUUGAGCGUACGCAUUGACAAGACCGCCACUGGUGGUACUUUCACCAAUCAUGAUAUCCUAAAGGGCCGGGUAUCGCUAAAGGUGCGGUCUGAUAUUGCGUUGAGUUCGAUACACGUCAAGCUGGAGGGUAUUUCCAAGACAGUGAUAGAGAUACCGCGAGAGGUUGGCAACGGAAAGAAGCCCAAGAACAAGCCGUUGAUAGAGGUCCACAGACUGCUAUAUGACACAUUGAUGGUCUGGCCUUCCGCUGAGCUCCGGAGGGUUUCCAGUUCCAAGGAGUUCACGCUUGUUCCAGGAGAUUACGAGUUCCCCUUCCAGUUCACCAUCCCACUGAAGAAUCGGUGUUCUAAUAACAAAUCGCUGACGGGGAUCUCGAACAGGUUCCAGUUUAUCAAUGGGUUCAGUUCUCCAGGAACAAACACCUCCAUCGAGUUUGUCAGUGAGGCUUCGAGGCACGUCGAGACUACACUUCCUCCGUCGCUGAGCGGGCUCAACGACUUUGCUACCGUCAAGUACUUCGUCAAGGCCACUGCCAAACGGCCUUCUCUGCUCAAGAUGAAUUUUCGCUCAUAUGACCCAUUCAUCUUUCUUCCGGUGGACUUUCCUAACGUAAUGCUGGACCAACGGCAGUGUUUCACGCGUCGUGAUUUCGUUUUCAAGCAGAAAUACCCAGAGAUUGUGGCUUUCCACGAGAAGGCUGAUGCUCCCCUAAGGGUUGCAGCGGCCAGAAGGCCUUCUGUUCCCACUACUCCCCGAAGGAGAUCGUCCUCGAGCUUUCUGAAGUCGAUAUUCAACCUGGAUGAACCUGCACAGCCUACUCAGGUUUCGCAACCUGCGCCUCAAAAGUCCCCCGCGAAGCAAAAGGACUACUACGAGGCUUAUGAGAUGCCAAAAGUGGAUCCCAUAGACCUUCCCGUGGGUUUUGAGGCGCGAUUCAGGUAUCCUGCUUUCGUGAUCCCCACCAGGCCACCCAACUAUAAGCUUUACCUGAUGACGAAACUGGCUCCCAAACGUUUCGAGCUCGUGAAUGGUCAGAGCUCAGGACUGGGCUACGUGUUUGUGAAGUCCCUGAAAUUUGAGUUGAUCUCAACAACAACGGUGUUGAUACAGGGCCACAGGAGGCAGAUUGUCACUAAGGAGAACGUUCUCACUUUGGGUGGGAUCAACUGCAAACUUGACCUCAUGAAGGCCCGAAAGUCCAAAGCAUUGGAUCCAAAAACUGGUGGUGCGCUUUACGAGCUGGAAAUCCCAAAAGAUAUCUACAGUGGAGCUGUUCUUCCCGACCAUAUAGCACCCACGUUCAAGACCUGCAACAUCUCGCGCAAAUAUAGGCUUCUGGUCACGGGCGGGUUUUCGGCCACUAAAACAGGACCGGUGAUUGAAGUUGGUCUGGAUACCGAAAUAACAGUUUUGAGUGGGUUGCAACUAGUCCAGGACAACUCCAUGCCUUUGGUGAGUCCCCAGGCCAUCCAUGAAGACGAAGGCUCAUGGUCCAGUAUAAGUACGCCGCCACAAUCGCAGACGCAACAGCAGUCUUUCUACAAUGUCGACGCCAACAAUUCAGAGAGUUUGCCUACGUAUGAACAGGUUCUGCGCCAGGAAGACCAGGAUAACCACAGGCGGAGGUUCGAGCAGAGCGACCAGUACUAUACGAAUCUCGAGUGA